UUUAUAAGCAUUUUCUGUUGGAUUAAUGCAAUCAUUUGAAAGGGUUCUUCACGCAAAAUGCCUCAUCCUACGGAGUGUUUAUUAUAAAAGGUUCAUCUGCAUCUCGAGUAGAUCUAAUCGACCAAUGCCUUCACAUGUAAACAUCAUCUCCGGAUUAUAUACGUCAUGGAAUCAAUUGUAUUUGACAGUUACCGGAUUUUGACAACGGAAGUAGCACUAGGAUUAUCUCCAGAUAAUAUCAAGACCAUUAAAUUUCUAAUAAGAGAUCGUAUUGGAAAAGGUGUUCUGGGAAAAAUUAAUACAGGAACAGAUCUUGUACAACUAUUAGAAGAAAGAUGUAUGCUUUCAGCCGAAAACGUUGAAAAACUGGCAAACUAUUUGAAAACUGCAGGACGUAACGAUCUCGGUAAAAAGGUUCAGCAAUAUGUCGAGACAGCCAUUUCCAGGAAUUUGUCAAACCAUGAUUACUAUGGGUUGCGUGGAAUGCACGUAAUUGAACAAUAUACAGAAACGUCAGAAUACCGACAAUUAUGUCAACAUAUGAAAACAAACAAUGCAGUUAUUUUGAAAGGUCUACCUGGAACUUGGAAGUCGCGGCAUGCAUUUAGAUAUGCACACGAAUUUUCCAAAAUGAGGGAAAAGGACAAUAAUUCAUUAAUUUGGAGGGUAGAUUGUAAUACUGAGUUAAAUAUCUAUAAUUCUCUUUCCCAUUUAAUGAACUACCUAAAGAUACAAUACAUCAACUCAGAACUGCAGAUAAAAGAUACGAUUAACAUUAUGUUAUUGCGCGCAGUUGCGGUAUUGGAAAGCGAUAAUUACAAGGACACAAAACAUCUUUUCAUUCUGCUUGGUUUUAUAUCCCCACAGAAAAUCUUAAUAAAAACGUUCCUGGAGAAGCUGAAUCAGUAUGAAAACAUAUCCAUUAUUGUAGCUACGAGUGAGUCUAUAUCCAAUGACUUCGACAACAUUGUUCUUGAACUUCAUGGAAUGACAGAAAAUGAGGCUGUAAAAUAUUUAGACGUUGAUGAUUCGUUAGAUGAGAAAGCAAAAGAAUUGGCAAAAAGAUUGAGCUAUUUGCCAGAUGGUCUUGCAUUUGCCAAAACGUAUAUAGACACAACGAGAAUAAGCAUAGACAGUUAUCUUGAAAGUCUUGAAAACAAAACCAACAUUGACGAUUCUGAAUCCAAAAAGGCUUGUAACAUGCUGAUUUUACAAGCGGAAAAGAACAUGUCGGCGGACGAAAAAACGAUUCUUCACCUGAUGUCAUAUUUGAACACAGAUAAUAUACCUCUCCUCAUUCUUAAAUCUCUUUUGCCCAAAACAUUAAAUAAAGAUGAAAAGGCAAUAAUAACAGACAAUUUCCUUCGAACCUUAGAAAAAUAUUCUCUGGUUGUUAUUAAGGGCAACGAUGAGCAGCGAGUAAUAACUGCUCAUGGAUUUACUUUCAUGGUAGUGAAAGCAUCAAAAACCUGUGCCGAAAGAAAUUGUCAUCUAAAGAAACUUCUGAAUUUCUUCAUGUGUUUUAUAGAUCUAGAUGCAAGAUUGUUAGAAGUUAUUCACAGAAACGUUCUUUUAUUAGAACAUGCAGAGGUCUUUUUAUCACAUUUUGAAGGUGAUUUCCCGUCUUUGUUAUAUGAAACGAAAGCAAAACUUUGCUAUAUAUAUUGUGCAGUAGGAAUCACAUACAGAUUGUAUGGAAAUACUGAAUUGUCCGCUAAUACUUACCUCGAAAAGGCAAAACAUACUAUGUAUGAAACAUUCUUAAGUGGUCAGCAUCACCAGUUCUCAGAUAUCAAGACUGAAGAUCCUUAUAACACAAUGAAUGAUUAUCUCAAUGGAAACGGGGGUACUUCAAGAGCACUGUAAAAUCAUCUUCAGCAUACUGGUUGAAAAGGGAAAAAAGCUCCCUCAUGAAUUCGUUGACGCAUUCAUCGAAAACAAAUAUAGAAACUCAAGGAUCAUUGAUCUUUUUGGAAAGUAUGGCCACCUUUGUACCAACGAUUUGCGAACUAAUCAACUAACGACUGAGAAAGUCAGCACCCUAAGAAGUAAAAACUUGAUCAUGGAGAGUGAAUAUAUUACAGAAACAUUUUUAGUCGAACUUAUGAUUAGGAUUCUCUAUAAUUCUAGUAAGAACAAAUGGCUGAUGGAAAUUUCCAAAGACAGCUUCUCAAAACCGGAAACGGGAAAACUACGUCAUAGACUUUCCAGCACAUUUUUUCCUGUUACUACAGAAAGCUUAAUGGAACAUCAGCUAGCACACUGUCUUACACAGUUAUUACAGCAACAUCUAAGUACUUUACAUACGCGGAACACUGGAAUUACGUCCACAAAAGAUACCGUCAGAUCAUUUUGUCCUGUUUUCAGUCCAGUUACACAUCGUAGUGGUGUAUUGUAUAUGUUGAGAUCCUUUUCCGAUCCCAAUCUUUUAGCAUCAUUACUUAAAGAAGCCAUAGAUAUAUUGGAUGGCCUUGAUUCUGAUAUAGAAGGCAUAGGUUUUACUGAGUUUGGGGUUGUAAAACGUUUUGGAGAUUCAAGUCUCUUUCAUUCCGUAAUGAUUGAUAGGAUCAAAAUGGAAUGUUAUGAAAAACUAUUUAAAGUAGAAUGUCCGGGCACACCUUUGAAGGACGGUACAAAGAAGAGAAUAAUCGUCGAAGAGACUGGCAUUUCAAAAGAUGAAAGUAUUGAAGAGGGUAAAGGCUUAUGUAAAAUGGAUUUACCUAACACCAACGGGGCCAUGAAAAGGGAGAACUUGAAGAGGCAAAAUACACCAGCCAAUGGAAUUGCUCUUCAAAAUCAAAACUUAAUGAAAGCGUUGUCAAUUGCAAAUGAGUUAGAAAAGAACAUUGACGACCUAACAUCGUGGAAAGCCCUAUCAGGAAUCCAUUUGAAGAUUGCUAAAGUGUUUAAACUAACAGAAACAGAGGAGAACAUUAGGAAAGCGAAACACCAUUAUAGAAAGGCGUACGACCGGGAAUAUGAAAGCAAUAACACAAGACUAACCCGUUUUCAUUUAAAGGCAAUCGUCCAUUACGCUGAGUGUUGUAUUCAGUAUCCAAAUGAGGAAGACUUACGUAUUGCAAAGCAGUUGUCGAAGGCAAUGCAACAUCGAUUUAGAUUGGUUAAAACUGGUACUCUUUUUGACGAGGUGAUAGGAGAUAUUGAUAGCUGUUUGAAGAAACUUUCUGAGAAAAGGCAAUCAGUUGGUUCCUCUACAUCAAAAGAAUUUGAUACCAAAUCAAUCCAGACCGACACUUUUGUUGGUGAUGAAAAAUGGUUGUUGAAAGAAUUAAAACGAAAAAAAGAUCGGCUCAAGAAGCGUCGAAGAACACUUCGUGAGGAUUACAACGAAUUGAAAGGCGACAUAGACAGUCUUGAUUUGGAAAUAGACUCAGUAGAAAAAAAGAUAGCUGACAUCGAAAUCCAAUAACGAAAGUCACAGAUUAAGAACUCGAGCGGCAAAUUAUGACAUAUUUCUGCUUUUGUAUGUGUUCUGUCGUAUUGAAUUGUACAUGUACAAUACAUUAAAGCAAAAUGACAGAGUAAAGGAACAUCCAUGCAAUAAAUCGCAUGUUGAGUGAAUUGUUCAUUUAUUACCGUCCAUAUUUGCUAAGGACGUUCCUGAAAUAUCAAAUAAAUAGAUUAAUCGUAUGUAGAAAAUUUAGUUGCAUGAGUAUUUUUAAAUACGCCGUAGGGAAAAUGUGUUCCGAACCAUUGGAAGUUUGAACACAUUUUAAUAGGUAAUCAUUUUGUGGUAAAAA